CGUAAUACACAAAACAUGGUUGCCUUGUUUGGAACCUGAAAAGCGUGCGAAGUGCUUCUUCUUUAACUCCGCUACGCACAAAGAUGCUCUCCCGCAACUGAAUGGCUGGAAAACAUCCACACGAGACGAUGGCUCAGCCCGCGGAAACGUGUGCUGAAUCCGGACGCAGGCUGCGCUCCAUCUGCCGAAGGAUGUACGACGAAAACGAGGACUUGUCUGAUGUCGAAGAAAUCACAAACAUCAGAGGUUUCAGUGUGGAGGAAAAGCUUGCCAGUGACAGUUACGGCGCAAACUUUGUCCACUUGAUGGAGGGUAAAGACUUCACAUAUGAAUAUGUGCAAAGGGAGGCUCUCAGGAUCCCACUCAUUUUUAAAGAGAAAGAUGGACUAGGAAUCAGAAUGCCUGAUCCAGAAUUUACAGUUAGCGAAAUUAAGGGUUUAGUUGGCAGUCGUCGGUCGGUGGAUGUUAUGGAUGUGAGCACUCAGAAAGGCUCCGAAAUGAGCAUGGCUCAGUUUGUCCGGUAUUAUGAGACACCAGAGGAAGAGCGGGACAAACUCUUCAAUGUCAUCAGCUUAGAGUUCAGCCACACUAAGCUGGAGAACCUCAUCAAGCGACCCACAGUGGUGGAUCAAGUCGACUGGGUGGACAACAUGUGGCCUCCUGAUCUGAAACAAAGCCAAAUAGAAGCCACCAACGUGAUCUCAGAGAUGAAGUACCCUAAAGUGCAAAGGUAUUGUUUGAUGAGUGUGAAGGGUUGCUACACAGAUUUCCACAUUGAUUUUGGGGGAACCUCAGUUUGGUAUCAUGUAUUCAAGGGACAAAAAGUUUUCUGGCUGGUGCCUCCCACCACUCAUAACCUCGCCCUCUAUGAAGACUGGGUUCUGUCAGGCAAGCAGAGUGAUGUCUUCCUGGGAGACCGAGCUGAUGGAUGCCAGAGAGUGGAGCUUAAGCAAGGAUACACCUUCUUCAUCCCAUCUGGGUGGAUUCAUGCUGUCUACACUCCUGAGGACACGCUGGUUUUUGGAGGCAACAUUCUGCACAGCUUUAACAUUCCUAUGCAGCUUACAAUCCAUGAGAUAGAGAAUAGGACUAAGGUUCAAUCCAAGUUUCGUUUCCCCUUCUACUAUGAGAUGUGCUGGUAUGUCCUGGAGAGAUACCUGCACUGCCUGACCAAACGGUCCUACCUUUCUCAGGAGAUCCGUAAAGAGCCUGUACUAAUGGACUAUGAGACCAAGACAAACACAGAGAGCCCCUCCUCUGACUCAAGGAGCCAGGACAUGAACGAGGACUCAUGUGAGACUCAAGUGAGGGAGGACCAGGGUGAAAAACCAGAGAGAGUCGCUCAGGAUGGCCCCUACUCUCCUGACAAUGGGAGGGGCCAACACCUCAGAGCUGUUUUAUCUGUUGACUCUGAGGACAGCUGUAAUCCUGGCUCCACUUCUCUAGAUUUCCCCAAAACCCCCGCUGACUCUCCGGCCUCAGAGUCUCAGAAUAAAUGGACUCAUUUGACAGAGUUUGAACUGAGCGGACUGAGGACACUGGUUGAGAAGCUGGAGUCACUUCCUGAAAAUAAGAAAUGUGUCCCAGAGGGAAUAGAGAACCCACAAGCCCUGCUGGAGGACAUGAAGGUUCUCUUAAAAGAACAUGCCGAGGAUGACCCCAAAUUAGCGAUCACUGGAGUUCCUGUGGUGUACUGGCCUAAGAAAACUAUCAAGCCCCGGCCUCCCAACCGGCCAAAACCUAAGAUGGCAGCUUCUCCUGCUUCAGCAGUCAAGCUGUCAGCUAGUCGGGGUACAUCCGGUGCCAGGAGGAGAAGGACCCGCUGUCGGAAGUGUGAGGCAUGCCUGCGGACGGAGUGUGGAGAGUGCCACUUUUGUAAAGACAUGAAGAAGUUUGGUGGGCCAGGCCGUAUGAAACAGUCCUGCAUCAUGAGGCAGUGCAUCGCACCUGUCCUGCCCCACACAGCAGUGUGUCUUGUCUGUGGAGAGGCAGGGAAGGAGGACACUGUGGAGGACGAGGAAGAAAAAUUUAAUCUCAUGCUCAUGGAGUGUUCCAUCUGCAAUGAGAUUGUUCAUCCUAACUGUCUUAAGGUGAAAGAUUCAAAUGGAGUAGUCAAUGAUGAGUUGCCAAACUGCUGGGAGUGCCCAAAGUGCAACCAUGCCGGGAAAACAGGGAAACAAAAAAGGGGGCCAGGGUUCAAGUAUGCAUCAAACCUUCCUGGUUCGUUGCUGAAAGAACCACGGUUAAACCGGGAUUCAAAAGAGGAGCCUGACUCUCCCAUGGUGGCUACAGCAACUGUUACUGCUUUGACUACCACAUCUGCUGUGAAGAGAAAGGCAGAGCGGGAGGAAAUCCCAAAGAGGAAAGACGAAGAGCCUCCUAAAAAACGCCCCCCAUUGCUGUCUCUGGAUGGUACGCCACGGCCGAGGCUUGAGGACAACCCACUGAGGAAAAAGAGGAAACUUUUUGACACCAAUGAUGAGCCUGUCGUUGUUAAAAAGAAGAAGAAGCUUUCAAAACCGGAUGAUCCCAUGACUCCGAAGCUGCUGCGCCAAAUCAAGACAGAGAAUGAUCACGGUGAUGAAGAAGACAACCAGGAGGAUCAUGAGGAAGAUGGUUUCUCCUUGGAUAGGAUUCAUUUAAAGGAGAAAAACGAGUAUGAUGAUGAGGACCAAGAAGAGGAUGAGGAGGAAGAGGAAGAGGAGACCCUGACAAAAGAGAGAGACAGUAGUGCAGAGGACAAAGGCAAGGUCAUGUUAAGUCCACUGCUGAGAACAUCUGCAACCAGAGAAAGUGACCAGUCCUCCUCCAACUCUCCCAGAGCUGGACCGAGCAGCGAACCAGGAGACGCUCAGGAGAGGACCUCUGCUCAGCUGAAGGCUCGCCAUCAGCGCCGUCGCCUCCCAAACAAAGAGCUGAGCAAAGAGUUCACCCAGGAGAUUCCCAAGACAGAAGACUGUCUGAGCAACCAGAACCACGGUUCAGUGAAGACAGAGGACAGUCCGGCUAAUCACAAUCGACGACCACUGAAGAAUGAGGAUUCUGUGACCAAUCAGAACCGUAAACCACUAAAAACAGAGGAUUCAACCACGAAUCAGAGCCGUAGGGCCCUUAAAAUGGAAGAAGGUGUGGCCAAUCAAAACAGACGUCCGCUGAAAACGGAGGACUGCCUGGCCAAUCAAAACCACAGGCCAAUAAAACCUGAGCCUGAGAACGAAGUAGACGACCAGAAGCCUAGAUGGCCUCUUAACAACGGCAGCAGCGACCUGGGUGACUGGCUGCGACAUCGGGGGCGAGAGGUGAAUGGGACGCCACGUGGUUACUCACCCCUCGGCUGGAACAGAAGCACACCAAUCACACCGAUAUGCCCCCGGCCACUCCCCUGCCGGUCACCGCCAAAAUGUAUCCAAAUGGAGCGCCAUGUGAUCCGGCCCCCUCCCAUCAGUCCCCCACCCGACAGACUGCCGCUGAACGACGGUGAAGCUCACGUGAUGCGCCGAGAGAUGUGGAUGACGGUAUUCAGUCACCUGACUCACAGAGAUCUUUGUGUCUGCAUGCGUGUCUGCAGGACCUGGAACAGAUGGUGCUGUGACAAGAGGCUUUGGAAGCACAUCAAUCUGAACCGUUGUAAGUCCAUCACACCGCUCAUGCUGAGCGGCAUCAUCCGGAGACAGCCAGUCGCUCUGGACCUCAGCUGGACCAACAUCUCCAAGAAACAACUCAGCUGGCUCAUCAACAGACUGCCAGGUCUGCGUGUGCUGCUGCUGUCGGGAUGCUCCUGGGUGGCCGUCUCUGCUCUUUGCACCUCCAGCUGUCCUCUCCUGCGAACUCUGGAUGUUCAGUGGGUUGAGGGACUUAAAGAUGCCCAGAUGAGGGACCUGCUGUCGCCUCCCACAGAUAACAGGCCAGGUCAGUUAGACAACAGGAGUAAGCUGCGUAACGUGGAGGACCUGCGUCUGGCAGGGUUGGACAUCACGGACACGUCUCUGCGCCUCAUCAUCCGUUACAUGCCCUUGUUAUCCAAGCUGGACCUCAGCUACUGCAACCACGUGACUGACCAGUCUGUCAACAUCCUGACUGCUGCAGGGACGACCACCAGAGACUCGCUCACUGACAUCAACCUGUCAGUCUGUAACAAGGUCACAGACCAGUCGCUGACCUAUUUCAAGCGCUGUGGAAGCAUAUGUCAUAUCGACCUGCGAUACUGCAAACAGGUGACCAAGGAAGGAUGCGACCAGUUCAUCGCAGAAAUGUCAGUCAGCGUGCAGUUUGAACUGAUAGAAGACAAACUGCUGCAAAAGAUCAGCUAGACAGAGGAGCGCGGGAGACAGUUUGACAUUUACGAGUGGUGAAACUACUGUCCACAUGGAGGCAGCAGAUGACUGUCUGCUAGUGGAGAACGGCGCUGUGUUUCAUGAACAUCUGCAGACUACUGAGCAGACAUGAGGACGCUGUCUGUUUCUGUAAAAGAGGGAAGCUGUGCUGCUAAGCCAGAAUGUAAAAAUGGAAAUCUUGUCCAGUGAAGACAAUAUUGCAAAAAUGUUUUUGUUCUUGUUUGCACCUGUUUAUAGGUUUAUUUAUUUCUUUGUAUUGAUUAUGUAUUGUAUCAUUAAUAUCUUUUGGUGUUCAUAGACUAUUCUUGUUCUAAUGCAAAGUUUAUUGCAUUAUAGAGUAAUAUUUUUGUAUCAGAAAGUGUUUCAUACAUUUAUGUGCAGUAUUGAAUGCACCAGUGUACAGUAUCAUACCACUGAAAUUGAUAAUCAGUCGGCAUUACUGUUAAGCUCUUUAUUGUUGAGAGGCAAAAGUCUAAUGAUUUGUUGCCAAACUGUAGGAUGGUAGCCUGUGUU